UGUAUCCAGGGGUAGGUAAACAAGUCAAAAAAUUGAAUGAUAGAGGUAAACUUAGUACACGUAGAUGCUCCACGACGUCCAUCAUCCACUGGCGGUCAUUUGUGUGUCUCCCACCGUCCAAAUUUAUCUGGAUUAAUCAUACGUUAAAUGGACAUUUAGGACUAGUUAUGGGAAAACUUAAUACUAACAUGAUUUGGUUUAUUUUUGGAGCUGUUAUUUUGUAUCAGCCUUUUUUAAAUGCAGAGCUAAUACUCACGAAAGUAGACAGAACCAUCGAUCUAACUUCUCAGUUAACAAAAAUUACUAGUCAAAUUUCUAUUGAGAACAAAGGAGGUUCGCCAAUACGCGACUUUGUGUUAGCUAUUGAAGAGGAAGUUGCAUCGCAUAUCUCAUUUUUAGAUGUUUCAGAAAAGCAAGACAAUGAAGCAAAAUUGCCUUUCACUGCAACUACUGUGGGUGGACAAAGUGGGAAAUUUUUCAAAGUUUCAUUACCAUCGUCACUUGCACAAGACCAAGCAAUAAGUGUAACUGUUGAAGCUGUGUUUAGCCAUGCACUUACACCUUUCCCAGAAAAAAUUGGACAGUCAGAUAAGCAGUUAGUGUUAUUCAAGUGUAAUACAGUCCUUUAUUCACCAUAUGAAGUCAAGGAACAAAAAACCACAGUAAAGCUCCCAUCUUCGACAAUUGAAAGUUAUACUCGUCUAAAGCCAUCUAGCUCUAGUGAUAACACCAUUACCUAUGGACCUUACAAGGAUUCUAAGCCAUUCCGAACACACCUGAUGAAAAUCCAUUUUGAGAACAACUCACCCUUUCUUACUGUCAAUGAGAUGACCAGAUGGAUCGAGCUUUCACAUUGGGGUAAUAUUGCAGUUGAAGAGACGUAUCAUGUUUCACAUGAAGGAGCAAAACUAAAGGGUCAUUUUUCGAGAUAUGAUUACCAGCGAACACCCACCCACGCUGCUAUAAAGUCAUUCAAAACUGUUCUACCUGCAGCUGCAAAAGAUGUCUACUAUCGUGAUGAGAUUGGCAAUAUUUCAACCAGCAACAUGCUUACACAAGAUGAUGCUGUCGAACUCGAACUGCGACCAAGAUUUCCUUUGUUUGGUGGUUGGCAAACAAGAUACUACAUGGGAUAUAAUGUUCCUGCCUAUCAGUACUUGUACAGCAAGGGUGAAAAGUACAUUUUGAAAAUGAGAUUAGUUGAUCAUGUUUUUGAUGAUUUUGUGAUAGACAACCUCAAGGUGAAAAUUGUUUUGCCAGAAGGUGCAAGCAACAUCAAAUUAAAGCUACCCUACCACGUUACUGAGGGCAAAAGAGAAGUCCACAAGACCUAUUUGGAUACUGCAGGACGUCCAGUUGUCGUGUUGAACAAAGAAAAUGUUGUUGAAAGUCAUAUUCAAGACUUCGAGGUUCAUUACACAUUCCAGAAGAUUCAGUUAUUACAAGAACCCAUGUUGUGCGUUGCAGCCUUCUAUAUUCUCUUCAUAACUGUCAUUUUUAUCGUUCGAUUAGAUUUUUCCAUUACUAAGGAUGCUGCUAAAGAGUCUCGUAUGAAGAUUGCUAGCUUUGUAGAAGAGUUAUUGGGCGCUUGUGAUCGUCGCACAGGCUUGUACGCCACAAUGGACGCAGCUAUUGAUAAAUUUAAGCAGGCUCGUGAUCAGACAGCUUUUGCCGCCGCACAGAAGAAAUCUGCACAUGACUACAACACCGUCACUCACACCAUCAAUGACUUGUGUUCGUCUUUGAUCAAAGAAGAUUCCGAAGCAGGAGAAAAGUUGGCAGAGUUACAGAAGAAAGAACACGAGCGCAAAGUUAUACUGGACCAGCUUGUCACGUUAGCUACAAAAGUGGUUGCUGGUAAACUUGGGCGUCAACAAUACAUGGAGAGCGAGGAAACGGCUCAAAACAAGCGAGAAAAGUUGGGAGAAGAAAUCGAUGCUUUGUUAGCGUCUCUGUAAGCUUUUACCGCAACUGAAUAGACUCAAUUUGAAAUUUUUUAGAAUUCUUUUCACAAAUUUAGAUGUCAUUUUUUGAGUGAAGAAGAAUUACCUAUAUUUACUUUCCGUUCCGAUCUACGUGCAAGCGAAUAAUAAGUUAGAGCUUGAAACCGAAAAGGUGUUGGUUUAUAACUAAUUUUUGUAUGCUUUUUUCAGAUGGUUAGUAAUACAUAGACAUUCUUUAA